CCCCAGCUCGGCGGAAAGUGAGGAAUGAGUCCGUGUCCCCAGCAAAGGGGCGAAGAACUUGCCGAGCACGCCGAGUACUUGUGUGCCCGCCCGCUGUCCUGCCGCUCUGCCUCCCGUGCUGUCGUUCCCGCUGCCGCCACUCCUUUGCUUUUCAAUUCUUCAUUUCACUUUGGUUUUCCUAUUUAUUUAUUUAUUUAUUUGAGUUUCUUUAAGAGAUCGUUUUCUUCCAUUUUUUCCGCGGAGGGAGGGGUGGCUGGCUGGCGGGUCUGUCGCAAAAAAGCAAGAGAGAAAAAACAAAACCGGAAAAAAAAAAAAAGAAAAAGAAAAAGAAAAGAAAGGCAGGGAAAAAAAAAGGCCAAACAAAACCAAACCAAAAGCCAAACCAAACAAACAAAAAAAAAAAAAAAGAAAAAAAGAAAAAACCAAACUUCACUCGCAUCUGAAAGUGGCAGGAAAGUGCCUGGCAAGUUGCAGGGAUGGAGCUACACAGCUUGCAGGAGGCGUUAAAAGUGGAAAUCCAGUGUCAGCAGGUAACAGAACGGAAAGCGGGCUGGCAGCAGCGGCGAUGCAUGCUCGUAUUUUAUCCCUGCCGUAAUAAGCGCAGUUGUGCUGGGACAGCAGGAUGAGAAACUUUAUCAAACGGGGAUCUUAAGAAACAAAUCCAUGAAAGGCAAUCAAGAAUAGCAGCUCUUAAUGAGAAACAAGUAGGUAGAUCCACCUUAGCUGAGGAAGGAGGAAAAUACAAAGUGCUGAGAGAUGGAGGCAUCUAAUGCUGUCACUUCCUCAGGACCAAAAAGAUCAGUUUCUAAUACUUUGGGAACUAUCACUGCAGUGCCCAUUAAGGUUCCUCAGGUCAGCUCCUUGCAGAGGUUGGCAGGACAAGGACCAGCAGUGCUACCUCAGGUUAGGCCAAAGACCCUGAUUCCAGACAGCCUCCCAAUCUCCCCGUGCAGAGACCAACCUUCCAAGCAGCCUCCCACCUUCCAGAAGGCAACCAUAGUGAGCAUCAAAAACCCCAGCCCCGCCCUCCCCACUGCCAACAACACCGUCAGCCAUGGACAGACCCACAGCAGCCCGUCACAAGGCGUCACCGAGCCCGCAGCCCUCUCGUCCCCUCUGAGCGGUGCCGGCGUGGCCUAUGCCAUCAUCUCCACCUCGCCCAGCAAUGCAGCUCCCAUCAGCAGCAGCGCCGCUGUCUCGGUGGUCAACGACGGCAUCAAGGUGCAGCCACUUCUCAUCAGCACCGACAGCAAGGUUAUCAUUAUUCAACCUCAAGUCCAAACCCAGACAGAAAGUAAACUGGAGACAAAGAAAUCUCCUGAAGAGUCAGCUCAGGGACUGCCUGCUACCAAAAAGAAAAAGGAAGAAAAUCCAGAGAAAAUUGCCUUCAUGGUAGCACUAGGACUGGUUACAACAGAACAUUUGGAAGAAAUCCAGAGCAAGCGUCAGGAAAGAAAGAGAAGAAGCACAGCAAAUCCAGCCUACAGUGGACUCUUGGAAACAGAGCGGAAACGCCUUGCAUCGAAUUAUUUGAAUAACCCCUUGUUCCUUUCAACAAGAGCAAAUGAGGAUUCGUUCUGGAAGAACGAGAUCCAUCACGAUGAGCACUGCACUGCUUGCAAGCGUGGAGCUAACUUGCAGCCCUGUGGCACAUGUCCCAGAGCAUAUCACCUCAACUGCUUGGACCCACCCCUCAAAACUGCCCCCAAAGGGCUCUGGGUCUGCCCAAAGUGCCAACAGAAGGUUUUAAAGAAAGAUGACAGUGUGCCAUGGACUGGAACUCUGGCUAUUGUUCACUCCUAUGUUACCCAUAAAACAGUCAAAGAAGAAGAGAAGCGAAAGUUAUUAAAGAGGAGCAGUGAGCUGAGGAGUGAGCAUAGACAGUUAGAAGAAAAAGAUCGACUUCUCAACAGUGCAGUGAAGAAAUGCUUAGAGCUAAAAACCAGCCUGAUGGCCCAGCAGAAAGGGACUCAGUCAUCACUGGAACGUCUCAAAACCCUCAUUAGACUGAUACAAAAUGAGCAGAUGAUUCAGGUUACCAUGACUACCACCACCACCACCUCCCUGCUAUCCAUCCCCUGGAUCAAACCCUCGGCUGCCUCUGCUGCCGUGCACAAAGCUCUGCAGCCAUCACAGGGGAACAACUGACAGCUCUGAGGAACGGGCCACCAGAAACUUUAUGCACAUGAGCAGAGCAGAGAGGAAACUGGAGCAGAGGACAGAGGAGCAAUCUCAGUUUUGAUACUUGCAGCCCAGUUUGUAGGUCACUGUGGCAGCACAUUCCCACAGAGAGGGUUGUGCUGCACUUUUGUAUCUGCCACGACCUUCAGUGCUUAUGACGUUUUGUUUUGUUAUGUUGGCCUUAAUGUACUAAUGACUGAGGAUGAACUGGAAAAGCAUGGCUGAUAGAGGAAGCAGGAUAGCCUUUUGUGGUGGCAGACAGGCUUUCUGUCCCACGGGGAGAGGAGUUAGUGAGGCAUUAGAGAAGUAGUUGGGCUGAAAGCUACGUGUGUGGGGGGCAAUCGGUGAGGUGACCAGGAACUGAGCUACUGAGCACUUGACAUGGGUGUCAGAGGAGCAAGUUUGGCCCCAUUGAUUCAGGUGACCUGGAUAUGGGGUCUUUGUGACCUGAACAGCAUCACGGACACUCACAGAGCCUUGGAAACAAAAGAUCUUUUUUUUUCCGUAUUAUUAGACUUGAGAAUUGCAGAUAUUUAAAUAAAGAAACUGUAUGAAGUUAGCAUUUCUAGUAAAAUAUUGAAGUAUUUUCAUGCUGAUGCAUCUGUAUAUGCGUUCCAAAAUAUUUAAAAAAUACAACUGUAAGACUCCUUUUGCAGGUCCUUUUUACUUAUUUUGCUAUCAGUGUAUUUUUCUCAUGGAGUUUUUGUGCAAGGUUUAGCAUAACCAUAACAGUGGAUAUCUUUGAGAGUUUGGGUUUCAUUUUUUAAAGUGAUUAUUUUGUGGUUUUUUGUCUUUUUUUUUAAUUUUUGAUUAUUUUUUAAACAAAAAAGCAAAUAAAUAUUCUGGGGUUUGUUUCUUGUCAGUACAGAUAAUAUGCCAAAAAAUAACCUUUUUGUACUGCAGUUUUAAAGAUAUGCAACAUGAAUUUGAUUUUUUUGUUGUUUUGUUUUGUUUGGGGCUUUUGGGGUUUUUUUUUGUUGUUGUGGGUUUUUUUGGUUGCUUUGGUUUUUGUUGGUUGGUUGGUUGGGGUUUUUUGUAGAAAUAUCUGCUGAAAUGGUACAGGGGAAAAAAAAAAACUGCCUCAAGGGGUUGUUUCUCAAACUGGAGACUCAAACACAAGACUUCUGGGGGAAGGACAGGGCAUGGAAAAUUAAAAAUGUUUGGGAGGAUUUUGUUUUUGGAAACUUGAUUCCUUUUUAACAUUUUACUGGAUUUAGCACAUUUGGGAAGCGUUAAGCAUUAGCCUGAGAAAAUGCCAGUGCACCUGCCUGUUUCUAGCUGUCUUCCUGGUUCUGCAAGUGCUGCCUGGCCCCAGAGCCCCGUGUCCUGCGGCUGCUGGGAAGGGGCUGAUGGACACCCUGCUCUUCCCAGCUCACACUCCCUGUGCCAUUGGCCCUGUCCCCGUGAGUUCUCCACCAAUUAGCACAACAGGUUCUUAUGGAAAGCCACCAGAGCAGGACACAAGGCUGGUCUCUCACAUCAGCAUAUCACACGGUGCCGAAUAGCCUCUUUUGUUUUUAAUUUUAAAAAAUGAACACGUGAGGGACUGGCUUUUGCUGUUGCCCAGAAAGCACGUGGUCCCUUCAACCAUUUUCACAACUCCGGGAGAAACUGUGCAGUACUAUACAAAUCUAUUUUAAUACACAACUCUCGAUUGAACAAGAUUUUUAUAUUCUUUUAUUGAUGAAUAGAGUGAACUAAGUAAAACACAGUUCUUAUACAUUGGUUAAUGUAUGCAAUUAUGCAUUCUGAGUGGCUUGCAAUGUAGAUGUUUUCAGGUUUCAUAAUUUUCUUUUCCUUCUCAGACAAAUGAAAAAUAAAGGAAAAAUGUAGAAGGUUGAAUAUGUGAAGAAUUUCUGAAAAACUGUCUUCAACUGUUAAAAGUAGUUAUUUUGAAAAGGGGGCUGUCCAGUGGAUAGUGUGCAUAGAAAAAAAAGAAGUGUUUGUCCUAAAUAUGCCAAUGUAGUUUUACUUCUUUAUGAUGCAUUAAACUUGACUGACAAUUUCCUGGCA